AUGGCGCUGCAGCCCAGCUCGCGCUCGUGGGUGGACGUGCCCUGCGAGAACCCGUCGGCGGCGCCUUGCCACCGCUCGCUGCACGUGUGCGCCGUGCGCAAGGACUCGCUCUAUAUCUUUGGGGGCUACGACGGAUCGAACCGCAUCAACGACUUCUACGAGUUCAACUUCAAGCGCAAGCUCUGGUCGGUGGUGCUGGCCAUCGGCUCGGCUCCAAGUCCGCGCGACCGCCACGUGGCGGUGGUCUACAAGGACUCGUUCUACGUGUUUGCCGGCUUCGAUGGCAGCUCGCGCGUGAACGACUUCAUCGAGUACAACUUCCUGACGCAGAGGUGGAGCAAUGUGGUGGUCAGUGCUGGCUUGCCGCCGACUGCGAGGCACAGUCAUGCUGCUGUGGUGUACGACAAGUCGAUGUACUGCUUCGGCGGGUAUGAUGGUAGCUACAGAAACGAUUUCCACGAGUUCAAUUUCGAAACCAACACUUGGUCACUGGUGGCAGCAACAGGACGCGUGCCUCGACCUCGGUAUCGAUCGUCGCUGGUGGUGCAUAACCACACAUGUUUGCUAUUUGGUGGUCAUGACGGUUCUCGCCAUCUCAAUGACGUCCACGUCUUCACCUUCGAUACGCGUGUCUGGUCGCUCCUCGCAACGGAGGGACAAGCACCUAUCGCUCGCGAUAGCCACGUUGCUGUCAUCAACUCAAAUUCCAUGUACAUCUUUGGCGGCAGCACGGGCACUGCUGUGAACGACUUCUAUGAGCUCAGUCUGGAGACCAAUACCUGGCAGCCCAUGCAGUUCAACGGCCAACCACCUGGACAGCGAUUCUGCCACGUUGGCACGGUGUACGACUCCAACCUGAUCAUCUUCGGAGGCUACGAUGGAAGCAGCCGUUUGAACGAUUUCAAGCAGUUCCGUUUUGGUGAAGAUGAGUUCCAGCUAGAGAUUCCUGAGAGCACGCUGAUCAAUGACCUGAGGAUGUUGGUGAACAACGACAUCAUGAGCGAUGUAACGUUUAUCGUUGAGGGCAUCCCCGUAUACGGUCACAAAAUCCUGUGCAUUCGCUGCAGCUACUUCAAUGCAAUGCUUACUGGAGAGAUGUUGGAAAGUCGUGCGCGAGAAAUUCAGAUUACCGACGUGCGUCGUCCGAUCUUCAUCUCUUUGAUGGAGUACCUCUACACAGAUCACCUGGACGUCGCUGUCGAUGUUGCAAUGGAACUAUUUGUUACUGCGGAUCGGUAUGGAGUCGAGCGUUUGAAGCGAAUCUGCGAAAGCAAGAUGCUCGGAUCUCUGUGCAUUGAGAAUGCCGCCAGCAUUUUCCAUGCCGCGGACCUGCACAACGCGACAGUCCUGCGAGACCAAUGUGUCACUUUCAUGCUCCACAACUUCGACGCGGUGACGAAGACCGACGCCUUUGAGGAGAUGGGCCGCACCAACGUUGAAUUGGUCUUUGAGCUACUGAAGCGCCGCUAG